CAGAUGAAAUAGGGGACAUACCGUUUACAUGUCCGAGUGAUUACUCUUAUAAAGUUGCAGCUAUUCGUACAGCUUGUAUAAUUCGUUCUGCAAAUUUAAUUGCUAUGUGGUCAUUUAUUUUAUUUGCCGUUCUUUGGCUUACAGUCGAUUGUUUAGGUGUAGUUUAUUGGGACGAAGAUGAUAUAAAACAGGAAGACAUUAAUAUCGAUAAAGCUCAAGAAAUUCUUUCACGUGAUAAGGCUGCUUGA